UGAAACUCGAUCUCUUCGUCUGCUCACUGCGAUAACAACAAAUUCUUUCAGUUUUCAAAUCUCUGAUUUGUUUUCCGAAAAAUCAGACAUCAUUGAUGCAAGUGAAGCAAUCCGUUGAUGCUGGAUUAGGAGAGAAACCAGUUGAGAUUUAAGAUAGAGAAAAUAAUAUGUCUUUUUGGUGCUUUGACUACUAACGUGGAUAUAUGCAACCUACUGCUAUCAAAAACAAUUCGACCAUGGAGGCCUUACCUUAUAAUCUCCUCGACCAGAUUCUCUUCAGAUUGGAUCCGAAAUCUCUGGCAAUGAUGCAAUGCACGGGUCGAUAUAUCAACUCUUACAUAUCCGAUGAUAUCUUCAGAUCCGAAUACAUGUCUCGUGUCGGAACCGGUUUGCUUCACAUCUCUAGCAUUGGCUCAACCCUCCUCUUCUGCUACCCUUUUCGCGGUUCUAUGUUAUUCCGCAACCAAGAUCCCUUAGAUGUCAAGACUCGGGUUCUCUCAAUUUGUUCUGGCCUCCUCCUACUCUUAAUGGAUGGUCUCUGUGUCAUCAACCCGCUCACAAAGAGCGCAAGCAAACUAAUGGCGGAUAAGAAACCGCUUUACUUGGACGGAUCUCUUCACUGGCUCAGAAAUGACGGAAGCAUUUUAGCUUUCAAUCCAGAAACAGAGCAAGCACGGCUGAUUCCAAUAAGAUUUCCCCAAGAACUGAGCGUGAAAACAUUGUUUGCCGCCGCCGAUAACAAACUGACACUGAUAUGGCCGACGAAGGAAGUAAUUUACGUUUACUCCCUCGAGAAUAUUCUCACCGAUCCCAAGUGGGUUCUAGUGAGGCGGAUGAGGAACGUAAUGGCGGAGGCAAAGAGACUCAUUUUCUGGGACGUUGUGGCAUACGACGGAAAGGUUUUAAUGUUGAGGGAGAAGAAUCAGGAUUUCUUUGACGGAGUGGUUCAUCGGUACGACUUGAGAGCUAGUGAGUGGGGAGUAAUGGGUUACAUUCCAUUGUGGUGCUGUACAAACAUGGACUUUUAUCUGUAUACACCGUCGGUCUAUCCAUAUGUGGUUGGAUUGGAUGAGAAGCUGAAGCCUUGUGAUGGUUACAACCGCAUCUCCUCUCUAAGCUCGAUUAUGGGAUUGGUUGUUGGAAUCUCAUCGGAGAAAGUGGAAACGCAACUUAGGAAAAGAUCGAUUGAAGAGGAAGAAACUAAACUAAUGUUAAAGAAGCAACGAAAUUACUAA